ACCGGUCAGCUCGCUACGGACCUUGCUCCUGGCGUCCAUCAGAUCUUGACAGUGACUGGCCAGGACUCAAAGACCCUUUUAGUCGAGCUCAGCCCCGAUGUUGCUGAGCUUCUGGCUGGCGUCAGCCUGCCAGCCCUUGGCGUUUCAGUCGGUUCUGUUGUGGCCUCUGCCGGCUCUGUCGGUGACCUCCUUGCCAAACUGGCUUCUCCCGCCGAAGGCCUCUUGACCGUCAUCGGCGAGGAUACCUCUUACCUCCUGGUCCAGCUCUCUGCCGACGUUGCCAGCCUCGUCUCGGGUCUCGGACUUCCUUCCGUUGGCGUUCCGGUUGGCGCUAUUCUUGCCACCGUUGGCUCUCACAUCAAACGCACCGAUGGCCGAAUCCUUAGCGACCUCGCAUCCGAUGUCAAUAGCACCUUGACCGUCAUCAGCCAGGACCUGAAGCCUCUCGUGCUCCGACUCUCUUCCGAGGUCGCCUCACUUUUUUCCGGUCUUGAACUUGCCUCCCUCGGCGUGCCUCUCGGCUCCGUUAUUGCCUCUGCCAGCACUGUUGCUGACCUUGUCAAUGACACUGCCCCUGACGUGAGGAACGUUGUCUCGGUUGUGGACACCGAUGGCUCUGCCCUCCUGGUCAAGCUGAGCGGCCCCGUUGUCUCCCUCGUUGUUACCGUCGGGCUGCCCUCUAUCAGCACCCCAAUUGGCACCAUCGUCAAAACUGCCGGUACUAACCUGUAG